AUGGCGCGUCGUCCGGCUCGUUGCUACCGAUACUGCAAGAACAAGCCGUAUCCCAAGUCGCGCUUCAACCGUGGUGUGCCCGACCCCAAGAUUCGCAUCUUCGAUCUCGGCCGCAAGCGUGCCAAGGUUGACGAUUUCCCCCUCUGCAUCCACCUCGUCUCCAACGAGUAUGAGCAGCUGAGCUCCGAGGCCCUCGAGGCCGCCCGUAUUUGCGCCAACAAGUACCUGGUCAAGAACACCGGCAAGGAGGGUUUCCACCUGCGCGUCCGUGCUCACCCCUACCACGUCGUCCGUAUCAACAAGAUGUUGUCUUGCGCCGGUGCCGAUAGACUGCAGACUGGUAUGCGUGGUGCCUGGGGUAAGCCCAACGGCACUGUUGCCCGUGUCAACAUCGGCCAGAUCAUCCUGUCUGUCCGCACUCGUGACUCCAACCGUGCUUUCGCCCUCGAGGCCCUCCGCCGAUCUCAGUACAAGUUCCCCGGUCGCCAAAAGAUCAUCAUCUCCAAGAACUGGGGCUUCACCCCCCUGCGCCGCGAGGAGUACCUGGAGAAGAAGGCUGCUGGCCGCGUCAAGGUCGACGGUGCCUACGUCCAGUUCCUGAGCAACAAGGGUCCUCUCGAGUACAACAUGAAGCGCUUCCCCGAGGCCUUCUCCGAGGCUUAA